CUAUAUACUGAAGACAAUGUCUGGAAGCUUCUACUUUGUAAUUGUUGGCCACCACGAUAAUCCAGUUUUUGAAAUGGAGUUUUUGCCAGCUGGAAAAGCAGAAUCCAAAGACGACCAUCGUCAUCUGAACCAGUUCAUAGCUCACGCUGCCCUCGACCUCGUAGAUGAGAAUAUGUGGCUGUCGAACAACAUGUACUUGAAAACUGUGGACAAGUUCAAUGAGUGGUUUGUUUCAGCAUUUGUUACUGCAGGUCAUAUGAGAUUUAUUAUGCUUCAUGACAUAAGGCAAGAAGAUGGAAUAAAGAACUUCUUUACUGAUGUCUAUGACUUAUACAUAAAGUUUGCAAUGAAUCCAUUUUAUGAACCCAAUUCUCCUAUUCGAUCAAGCGCAUUUGACAGAAAAGUUCAGUUUCUUGGGAAGAAGCACCUUUUAAGCUGAAUGCAGAAAAAUUCAGAAACAAACAAUGUCACUACAAUGGGGUAUACUCAGGAAUGUGUACAUUGUAAGUAAGUUGAUUAAAUAGCCUGGAAAAGUUUUACUUGUAGUCUCAAUUUAUCUAAACCUAAUGAAAUUCCUUUUAUAUUUAAAAAUAGUACACUCAGUUUCUUAUGAUUACCAACAGAUCAAUAUUUGCUUAUAAACAGUGUUAUUUAUAAAGAGCUCUUUAUCAGUAAUUGUGAAAUACCUUUAUUUUAAAAAUUGAGAAUAAGCUUUUGAAUUUCCUCAUUCAGAUAGCUUGAUCUUGAUGUAACAAUCCAGAACCAAAUGUCACUGUCAAGAUUUGGUAGAUUGAAAACUAAUAGCUUCUGCAGUAGGGAAUGAAGUUGAUAGCACAUACAUGGGCUUAUCUAUACAUCUAGAGAUGUUAUGAAAAUGUACAGGCAGUUUACAUGGCACUACCCAAGAAGCCGAAGCAAACAGCUUUUGCAGCGCCAAAUGCCACAUGCCUGCCCCUGUCAGAGACUGGGAACAGUGAUCCUGCUAUAAUUCUAGAAUCCUGGAUCCAUGUUUGCAAAGUGGGAGGCUGGGACCAAAGUGACAGGUUAUGUUCUUAUAUUUCCUUUCCCUCAGACAGUAAACUAAAGAUUAAGUGCACCUGUUGGUAGCUGUACUAGUAAAAAGUUGUAAGGCAAUUUUAGAAUUGUAAACAAAGAAAAGCUUGCAUUACCUUAACAUUUGCACUUGUAGCCAUUUAGGCUGUACACCAGAGCAGGUGGGGAAUGGACUCUUUUGUACUGUAACAAGUGGGGGAAUCUUACUGUCAACUAGUAAAUGGCCACUGAAAAGCAAGUAAUAUUAACCAGAUAUUUUC